AUGUCAUCUCAAAAGUCGACUAAACUGAAUCAGGGGCCCUCGAAUGCUGCAGGACGAUCGCCAGGCAAGAAGGAUCAAGUCCAAAAUACGGCCAGUAUCGCACUGGAUGUAGUCGCAAACAUAGCAGAGGCCUCGGAUAUCCUCGCUCCUCUCAAAGCAGCCUGCAGAGCAACAAAGUCAAUCAUCGACGUCAAGCAGGCCAUCGACGAUAAUCAAGGAGACUGGAGUGACCUUUAUCCUCCACAGGAUAGGGUUGUCGACGAGGCUUUUAGCCAACCACUCGUUCGUUAUGUCGAAGUUCUCGAGGAUAUUCAUUGCGCUAUCGUCAAUGAUAGGCAUACGCGACCCCGCACCAGCCACGGUGCUUUUACGGCCAUCGGAAAA